UUACAGAUGUCACCCAUGAAGCAAAUGGUUAUGCAAAACGAUUCUUCUGUGACUGAGUUUAUUCUUAUAGGACUAACAGACAGACCUGACCUCCAGCUGCCCCUGUUUGUCCUGUUCUUGGUGAACUACACAGCCACUGUGGUUGGAAACCUGAGCUUAACGAAUCUCAUCUUUCUGAAUUCACACCUUCAUACCCCCAUGUACUUUUUUAUCUUCAAUCUGUCCUUCAUUGACUUCUUUUAUUCAUUUGUCUUUACCCCCAAAACACUGAUGAGCUUUGUUGUAGAGAAGAACACCAUCUCCUUCACAGGGUGCAUGACUCAACUCUUUUUCUUCCUUUUUUUGGUCAACUCUGAAAGUUAUGUGCUGACAGCCAUGGCCUAUGAUCGCUAUGUGGCCAUCUGUAAGCCUCUGUUGUACAAGGCUGUAAUGUCACCAAGGAUCUGUUGUAUGCUAAUAUUUGGUUCAUACUUGAUGGGAUUUGUUAGUGCUAUGGUCCACACAGGGUUUAUGGUCAAGCUCAACUUCUGUGAUUCCAACAUCGUCAACCACUACAUGUGUGACAUCUUUCCCCUCCUCCAGCUCUCUUGCAGCAGCACCUACGUCAAUGAACUUUUGAGUUCUGUUGUGGUGGGUACAGCUAUCCUUUUAUGUAGUCUCAUUAUCUUAGUCUCAUAUGCUAUGAUCCUUUCCAAUAUCAUUCAAAUGUCAUCAGCUAAGGGUUGGUCCAAAGCCAUGGGCACCUGUGGUUCUCACAUCAUAACUGUUACUUUAUUCUAUGGCUCAGGACUGUUGGCUUAUGUCAAGCCAUCAUCUGCUAAAUCUGUGGACCAUGGGAAAAUUUUCUCAGUGUUUUACACUUUUUUGGUGCCCAUGGUGAAUCCUCUUAUUUAUAGUCUUAGGAACAAGGAUGUCUUACUUGCUAUGAAGAGAACGUUGAAGAGAAUUACAAACUGA